GGAGCAAAAACAGAAAGCAUGAGAGAGAGAGAGAUGAAGGGAAUUAACACCUGUGGAAAGUAUGCUGCAGGGAGCUCUUGAUAACACAGCUGCCUCAUUGCACAGCUCAGCUGAUUUAGAUUUUCCAUCCCGCUCAUGAAGGGAGGGAGUUCAGGGCGUGAGAGAGGAUCGCAUUUGUGUGUGAUAGAUUACAGUUUUCCAGCUCUGCAUGCCCAGCAGGAAUGUGUCGGAACGGCGCAGACUGAGGUUGGUAAAACUGAGUUUAGGUUAUAGUCAGCAGUGACACACGUUUUCCAGUCCUUGUGCUCUUGGUGUCAGUGCAGAUGAGUCAGCACAGACAGCGAGGAAGGAGGACUGAGGUUUCACUCCCUCCCUUCCUGAAGGGGGUGGGUCUGUCACUGUGCCGCUGAGGCUCUUACAUAAAGAGCAGAGAGCACACGAAUGUGACUGAGCCUCAAAGACGUUUAAUCAGUGGUGCAAAAACACAUGGUCCCUUCCAGAAGAUUCUUUUUGGACAACACAGCUUUCCUAUGCUCUGUUAACAAGUCAGCGUGCCUCCGUCGUAUCACCUUUUUUCGCUCUCUUUCUGCUGGUUUUGAUGUGUUGCUCAUUUCGGCUGUGACCUAUUUCCGGCAUCAAACUCUUCCUUCAACUACAGCCUUGACUUCAACAGACGGCAAAAAGAGGAAGAUAGAAGAGAAAGAAAAGUACACCUAACUGCAAAAUUGAAGAAGACUAGGAUUUAUUUCUGAUCCAGGUCUCAUUCUGCUCUCACGCUGGGGAAGGCAAAACGGACCCCUUUCAGAUUUCUCACUUCUGAAGUCCUCUGCAGGAUUCAGCGAGCAUCCAUCAUGCACCUGAAAACCAUGAAGUGCAACCGCUUCUGCCUUAUCGCAUCCCUAGAGGAUCUGGAUAUGUUUAACAGACCAGAGGCCAGGGCUAGUUUCGAAGAGCUCUUUCGCUCCUUUGAUGGUGAAGUUACCUUUCAAUAUUUCAAGAGCUUCAGACGAGUGAGAAUUAACUUCAGCAAUGCUCUGGCAGCCGCAGAGGCGAGAGCAAGGCUCCACAAGAGCAACUUCAACGGCUCAGAGCUCCGACUUUAUUUUGCCCAGUCAGUACAUAUAGGAAGUGCACGACUGGAGCCUCCUAAACCAGAGAAGCAAUUCCUACUCUCUCCACCUCCAUCUCCUCCUGUGGGAUGGGAACAGGCUGGGGAUGCCACACCUGUCAUCAACUACGACCUUCUCUGUGCUAUCGCCAGACUUGGCCCAGGGGAGAAAUACGAGCUACACUCUGGCACCCCCACUACCCCCAGCGUGGUGGUACAUGUGUGUGAGAGUGAUCAGGACAGCUCUGGUGCCGAGGACGAUACGGACAGCUUCAGACGGCCGCGACCCAAAAUCAUCCAGACCCGGCGUCCAGAUUACAGCUCCUCCAUCACCCAGUGAGCAUGAGGAGUAUGUCCUUGUGCUGUUAAGUUUGAUUUGCUAAGUUUCGGGACUGUCGGUGUGCAGGUAUUCUGUCCCCAUUGAGGAAGCGUUCAGUCAAAGCUCAGCCCUGCAGAGAAAGAUACACUACAUCUGCACUGUCUUUCAGGGGAAAGUGAGUUUAUUGCAUGCAUUUGUUCAUUAAAGUGACUCAUUUCUCCACAUCUAAAGGUCAAGGGGGUUUCAUGGAUGGUUUCCAUUGAUGUCUAUGGCUACAGAGAACAGAAGCCUCCUGUUGUGACUUUAUUUAUUUCCUUUAAUUUGAGAAGCAUGUUUUAGGGCAGUGCAAGGUGCACUUUUAUGCUGGAAUUUGUUGUCAUGGUUUUGGUUUUUAUUUGAUCAACAAUCUCAUUUCUAUACACGAUGUUUUCUUUAAUGUUGACAUCUGUGGAAAUGUGAGGCAAUAUUACAAAGCCUUUGUAUGAAUGUUCAGUAAUCUUAGACUUUGAACAUUUGUGGUAAUGUGUUUAUAUAUAUAUAUAUAUAUAU